CGUCGUUUUUUUUCCUGGUGGGUGGGUGGGGUGUGUCAAUGGUAACUGCCCCCGAAUAAGAAAGAGGUUCGUUUGUUUAGUUGAGUUCGAGUGGUGCGUGGGGCAUCUCAUGAAAAGUCAGCCAAGGAAACGGAGGUGCAGUGUCCGAUUAACCGAUGAAGCCUCCUGUUCGCUUGACUUUCGUGACCUACGAGGACUAAUUAUUAGUGCCAAAACAAGACAAAAAGUACCCCAAAGCUGUGGAAAAGUUGCCUGACUGAAAAAAGCAAGCGAAGCCUGGUGACGUUUUUUUUCUUUCUUUACCCAGCGAGCUGUUGCCUCACUACUUGCUCGUUCAUUGGGCUUCUUUUGUGGGAUAAAAUAAGCCUUUCUGUUGGACUACUAAGUUUUAUUUUUUUAAACUCUACUGGAACUAUCUACGAGAUGGAUCUGCGGCUAAUUGUGCUUGCAGCCUUGUUAGCACUGUUGAGCUUCAGCCAAGCGCAACAAGAGGGAAGUGUAUGCAUCAAAGCCAACGCUCAGUCAUGCGGUCAGUGUAUCCAAGUGGCCGAGUCAUGUGGAUGGUGCACGGAUGAGGACUUCCUCGCCGUGGGUGAGUCAAAGUCUGCUCGCUGUGACGAUAUUGAGUCUCUGAAGACCAGGAAGUGCAACGUGGCCAAAAUUGAGAACCCUCGCGGUAGCAUUGUGAUCAACAAGAACAAACCUGUCACUAACCGCAAGAAAGAUGAGACGGACAAGCCCAAACCAGAGCAGAUUACGCAGAUCCAGCCUCAGAAACUCACUCUCACCCUCAGAUCUGGUGAGCCACAGACUUUUGAUCUGACGUUCAAGCGAGCUGAGGACUACCCCAUAGACCUGUACUACUUGAUGGACCUAUCUUUCUCCAUGAAGGAUGAUUUGGACAACGUCAAGAAUCUUGGCACACAACUUAUGAGGGAAAUGCAGACCAUCACCUCAGACUUUAGGAUUGGGUUCGGCUCAUUCGUGGAAAAGACAGUGAUGCCGUACAUCAGCACCACUCCGGCGCGCUACAAGAACCCGUGCACAGGCAACCAGAACUGCACUAGCCCCUUCAGUUACAAGAAUGUGCUGAAGCUGACCAACAAGGGUGACCAGUUCAAUCGGCUGGUCAGCCAGCAGCAGAUCUCAGGAAACCUGGAUUCUCCCGAGGGAGGCUUUGACGCCAUCAUGCAGGUGGCUGUGUGCGAGGAACAGAUCGGCUGGAGGAACGUCACCCGCCUCCUCGUCUUCUCCACGGAUGCAGGAUUCCACUUUGCAGGGGAUGGAAAACUGGGUGGUAUUGUGCUUCCCAAUGAUGGGAAAUGUCACCUGGAGAACAACAUGUACACCAUGAGUCACUACUAUGACUACCCCUCCAUUGCCCAUUUAGUGCAGAAACUUAGCGACCACAACAUCCAGACUAUCUUUGCCGUCACAGAGGAAUUCCAACCAGUUUACAAGGAGCUGAAAAAUCUGAUUCCCAAAUCAGCUGUGGGAACACUGUCAUCCAAUUCCAGCAACGUCAUCAAACUCAUCAUUGAUGCUUACAAUUCAUUGUCGUCCGAAGUCAUUCUGGAAAAUGGCAGGCUUCCGGAAGGCGUUUCCAUCACAUACAAGUCCAUCUGUAAGAAUGGUGUGGAAGGGACCGGUGAAAACGGCAGGAAGUGCUCCAACAUCUCAAUAGGAGAUGAGGUAACCUUCAAGAUCUCCAUAGAAUCUCAGAAGUGUCCAUCACAUGGCAAGUCAGAGAGCAUCAAGAUCAAACCACUGGGCUUCACUGAGGAGGUGGAGGUUGUCCUCAACUUCAUCUGCGAGUGUCAGUGCUCGGCACAGGGAGAGCCCAACAGCUUAAAGUGUGAUGAAGGUCACGGCACCUUUGAGUGCGGUGCCUGCAAGUGCAAUGAGGGUCGCAUUGGGCGUCUAUGCGAGUGUAGCACGGAUGAGGUUCGUACGGAGGAUCUGGAUGCCAACUGCCGCAAGGAUAAUGGCACAGACAUCUGCAGCAACAACGGUGACUGCGUUUGUGGAACCUGUGAGUGUAAGAAAAGAGAGAACGCCGCUGAGAUCUAUAGUGGAAAGUACUGCGAGUGCGACAACUUCAACUGCGACCGCUCCAACAACAAGCUCUGCGGAGGCCACGGUCGUUGCGAGUGCCGUGUGUGCAUUUGUGACGACAACUACACGGGCAGUGCGUGCGACUGCUCCCUGGACACCUCCACCUGCCUGGCCAAAAAUGGACAGAUCUGCAAUGGACGGGGAACCUGCGAGUGUGGAGUCUGCAAAUGUACCAACCCAAAGUUCCAGGGACCCACUUGUGAGAUCUGCCCCACCUGCCCCGGGGUCUGCGCGGAGCACAAGGAGUGUGUGCAGUGCCAGGCUUUCCAGGCGGGUGAGAAAAAGGACACGUGUGAGCGCGACUGCAGCGACUUUAUGCUGAGAAAGGUGAAAGAGCGCAAGGAUCUUCCUCAGCCCACCGACCAGAGCUUCCCCCUCACACACUGCAAGGAAAGAGAUGCCAACGACUGUUGGUUCUACUACACCUUUGCCAUCAGGAAUGACACCAAGGAGGUUUAUGUCGUCGAGAUGCUGGAAUGCCCAGCGGGUCCUGACAUCAUCCCAAUUGUUGCUGGAGUGGUCGCCGGUAUUGUGUUAAUCGGACUGGCCCUGCUGCUCAUCCUCAAGCUUCUCAUGAUCAUCCACGACCGCCGAGAGUUCGCCAAGUUUGAGAAGGAGAAAAUGAACGCCAAGUGGGACACGGGUGAGAAUCCCAUCUACAAGAGUGCCGUUACCACUGUGGUUAAUCCGAAAUACGAAGGUAAAUAAUGGAGUGUCUUUGUCUCCGCCAAGGAAACACUGUAUAAAUAUAAGAUCUGGGCUCUGUGCAGGGGAGUUGUGGGGUUUUUCAUGUUGUCACUGAUUUUGUGCCACUAUCGCUCUUAUUUUACUAUGCAUCAAUGUGUACAGUCUUUUUUUUUUUUCUUAAAGUGGGCUUUCAUUCUGUUUUCAUUAGAUGAGGUACUGAUUUUUUUGUGUGUAAAUUUGGUACCUAAUAGCCUACCUUUUUUUUGUAUGUUCAAUAAAGCCAAGCCAACAGUGUUUUAUGGGAUUAUAUUAAAAAAAAAAAAAGAGAGAGAAAAGAUCAAGAAAAGGUGUACAAAGUGCCAUGUAAGUGCGUAGAGCAUGUCGUCCCUUUGUGGAGGUGACGAAUUGUGUCCGGUGUGUUUGGGUUUUGAGUAAAAAGCCAUAUUCAUUGAACUCGCAGGGUGCUAGAUUUAGUUUGGUUCGUUAGUUGACAGAUUGAUCCAUUGGAACAAUCAGUUUAAACUAAAAUAUCAGUGUACGUUUUUUUUUUUUUUUAGUACUUGUUUUAGUUGUAAAGCCAACUCAGGUCCUUAACUUCUCUUCACAGCAUUGCCAAAUAUACACACAAACACCAUUUUUUAAAAACUCAUUUUCUUAUUGUUGUCAAAGAAAGGAAUGCAGACAGUGGAUAGUGAAGAUAAUUAGGUUUUUUUUAAUAACAUUUGUUCAGGUAUAAAGGUUUCUCUCCAUGACACCUGUUUUAAGUGUCUUUUUGAGGGGGGGACAUCCACAAUGCAUUUGUGUGUUUCAGAAAUUAUUUAUUGAAUAAAAAAAAAUGAAAUGUA